CUUGCAUGUUCCAAAAUGGGCAUGCGAUAUGAAGAAACCUAUAAAAAGAUACUUGCACCAAGUCCAACUAGCACAGAUGUAAUCUUCCUCCUUUCGUUUUACUUUAUUUUGCAGGCAAGGAUUCUUGCAUUGAAUGCAUCAUUUUUCCUUAAAGCUGGAGGUCAUUUUGUUAUUUCAAUCAAGGCUAAUUGCAUCGACUCAACUGUUCCGGCCGAGGCUGCUUUCCAGAGCGAAGUUAAGAAACUGCAACAGGAACAGUUCAAACCUUUCGAACAAGUGACCCUCGAACCAUUCGAGCGUGACCAUGCCUGUGUCGUGGGUGGCUACCGAAUGCCAAAGAAACAGAAAGCUGCAACAUAAUGUUUACUGGGAUGUGUUUUUAAAGCCAAUGUUUUCUGGUUGAACUUUAGAUUAU